GCAGCUCAACCAGUGACACAAGCAUUCUAUUUAUUAUUAUGGCCAUGAAUACGACACCGGUCUUUCAGUCCAGCUUCUCCAUCCGAUCCUUGCUAUCUGUGGAUAAGAAGGUGGAUGCCCCGAUUCCGAACCCGAAUCCAAACCAAUCGGGUUCCGAAAAUACCUCCGAAGACGAGGCCAAGAGUUCGAGUUCCAGUCCGAUCGGUUCCGUGAAGAGCAAUAGCACUGCCAAGCCGGCCUUCACCUACAGCGCCCUAAUUGUGAUGGCCAUUUGGAGCAGUUCGGAGAAGCGCUUAACCCUCAGCGGCAUUUGCAAGUGGAUUGCAGACAACUUUCCGUACUAUCGCAGUCGGAAGAACGUCUGGCAGAAUUCGAUACGGCACAAUCUCAGUCUGAAUCCGUUCUUUGUCCGCGUGCCACGGGCCCUCGAUGAUCCCGGUCGCGGUCACUACUGGGCCCUCGAUCCGUAUGCCGAGGAUCUGUCCAUUGGCGAGACGACGGGACGCCUGCGCCGCAGCCAGAUGGGCAGAAUGCCGAAGGUGACGGGACAUGGUCAUCCCUACCAGCGGAUACCACAGCCACACUACACCCACUACAGCCAUCCAAUGAAGUCGCAUGGCGCCUACUUUCCCAGUUCCCUAGUUGACCAUCAUCAUCACCAGGCCGCCAUGCUGCAGCACUACCAUGUCAUAAUGCACAGGCAUCAGAUGAUGCAACACACCCAACUGCAACAGCCACACCACUCGCAUCUCCAGGAACAACAUCCGCCACUGCGUCAUCACCAUUAUCACUUCCACCAGGAGUAA